AACAGGAAACUGGUCAUUACUGAAGGAGCAUGCUGAUGUCGAGGGCGUCUUUCACACCUCUCUUCUCAUAGGCAUUUCUAAUUUCUGAAACUGGUCACACAUACGGCUGGGCUUUUUGAAUCUCUGCCUGGAUUCCCUCGUGUUAGGAAGUACCACACACAGACUGGUCAACUCCAUCAAGAAAUAUGAAUGGCUCCCAGGUCUGCCUCUUGCUGUACUGUGUGGUACUCAUGGGAACAUCAGUACUUGCUAAUGACGGUAAAAUGAAAAAUGAAACUGAAAAGGGAGCUGGGGCUAACCCUAACACAACCAUGGGACCUUCUGGAACUACACAUUUAACACAAUUUAACAGUUCAACACAUUUUCAGUCAGAAUCAACAACACCAGCUACCCUCAACACCAGAGAAACAUCUGGAACCAAUAGCCCAGUGAACACCAACAACACACCAUCCAGAGCCAACACCAAACCUAGUGCCUACCCUCCACUUAAGGCCCAAACCAGCCCCACGUUCAGCCCCUGCCGCAGCUCUGACUUUCUGUUGGAUAAGAAGGAGGCCACCAUCCUGCUGAUUGUGACAGGUGCCCUGGUGGUCCUGUGUGCCAUCCUGCUAGUCUCCACAGUGGCGCUGUCAUGCCAUGUGUGCUGCCUGAAGCGCCAGCCCUGCAUCAGCAGCCGCCCCACCCGCAGCAACAUAGACCUGGUGAGUGGUACUGGGUACUGGGGCACUGGCCAGAGGACCAAGGAGAGGCCUGACUCUGAGCCCGGUGAGACCAGCCUGAUGAUGGCAGAGCUCAGACAGACCCAGGAGGGGGAGAACGGCAAGACAGACAAGGGGCAAGGGGAAAAUGAGAUGGUGAAAGAUACACCCAAGAAGGAAGAGAAGAAGGAAGCCACGGAAAAUGGGGUGGCAGCAGCUGCAAACCCUAGCCAGGAGAGCCCAGUCACUACCACCACCAAACAGCCUGCAGAGCCCUCUGACCCCACAGCCACAGCAGUCUCUCCCCAAUCACAAGCCUCUAGCGAUGUUGUUGUGGUGGUGGGGUGAGGGCUCUCACAUCGUGACCUCAUCCUCUGACCUUGGACCAGAAACAAGCUCAAACCACUGGUCAAACUGUCCUCAGCUGCAUACUGAUGAUGGGAACAGCACAGUUUUAUACAACACCUUCUAUUGGCAUGCUGUAAAGAGAUUUGCUUUUGACCUGAGUGUUUGCUUAGAGUGAUUGUGUGGUUUUCUAUUUUAUGCUCGCAUUCUCAUUCAAAACUUAGGAAAUAAUUACCAUUAUGAUCAUGUCUAUACAAAUUAAUGUACCACAAGAAGUUGAAUAUCAUGUGAAUGUUUAAUAUUUGUAUGAAUUUGUAUUUGUGUAACAAAAAUAGUUAUAAGUUAAAAUGUAUAGCCAUCAUCAGUGUCACUGAUAAGAGGAAAUGACUCCUGUUUGGUCUAGUGGUUGUAUCACAGCUUGCUUGUCACAAUUCAUCUGACAUUUCCCUCACUUCUCCAUUUUUAGACAUUCUCCAUUUUUAGACAUUCUAAAUUCUGCAAAAUUACAAAACAGAACCAACCAGCACUAAACUGUAGUAGCAGCUUAAGUAGACAAUUUAAAGGAACUGUUUAAGCCACAAACCUCUUCCAGAAACACUCUCAAUGUUUUCCAACAAGUCAACAUCACUUCCUUGGUCUAUUCGAUACAGUAAAGAAGAGUUCAAAUGUUUCUGCUCUAGCUUUAUCUGCCCUUCCGUUUCCAAGCCUUUGAAACAAUAAAGAAUUAGGACACUU